AUGGCUGCGCUCCAGCUCACUCAAGAAUGGGACGGCAGUGAUCCGCUGGCAAGCUCAAUUGUCCUCUAUCAAUUUUACAUUACCUUACUCUCUGCAAAUCUUGAAACUCCCCUGAGCCACAUUCAAUAUCUUCACCUCUCUAUGAAUGUUAGCCAACCUUUGAAAAACAAAAAAAAAAAAUUGAAGAGACCAGGAGAUUACAAGUACAGUUUAAGGACCAGAGGAGUGGAAUUGGCUUAG